GAGAAAAGUUAUUGCUGGAUGUUAUACAGUCACUUGACGACACCCAGAAACAACCGCCGACAUGUCAUGGUCAACCAUUUAGGGAAAUGUGUAAAUCUGCUUUGUCGGUAUUGCGGAAUCGGGUUUGGAAUCAAGCUUGGGAAAGACUGGAAGAUGUUCCUCGCGAAAUACAUCAACUAGGUAUUGUGACGGAGGACACAUUUCUACGUUCGCUAGAGACGAAACACGCACAGCCAAAAUACAUUCGAUUGAUGAUUGUUGGAGAUGUAGGUGUGGGUAAAACGUCACUUUGUUUGAACCUCACUAAUAAAGAUGAAGAAGUUAGCCCAACCGACGGAAUAAACGUCUUCAUUCAAAACUACCUUGUUGAUAUGAAAACGGGAAAAUGGCGAAAGCUUCCAGAUGAAGACAUCCAAAAUCUACCUACUAAACUUUUAUCGACUGUGUGUAGAGCUGAGAAAGCACCCACAAGCAAAAGUCAAUCAGAAACAACCAUUGUAGAGAAGAACGAAGGACGGGGAGGACAAAAUGAAGGGGGAAAUUAUAUACACGAGGGUAUCCGAAGAAUCGCAGACAAAAGCUUCUGACAGUUCAUCCCCUCCGUCCAAAAGGAACAGGAAUGAUUCAGAAAAACUGAAUACUAUACUCCAAGGGGUUAACGCCACUGGCGUCCUGGGAGACGACGACGCUCUCCUGUCCGUGUGGGAUUUCGCCGGCGACGAGAUUUAUGAGGCGACACACCACAUCUUUAUGAGUCCUGACGCCGUGUACAUCAUUGUUUUCAACGCGAAUGCCUGUCUUAAAGAUGAAACAAACCUUG